ACGGCCGCCAGCCCCUCUCCUCCCCUCUCCCGCCCGGCAGGCAGGCAGCCCAUACUGGCAGCUGGCGGGCACGGCGUGCAGGCAGGCAGCCCCAGCAGGCAGCCGUCCCCGCGAGUCCCAGGGACUCCUCCGUGUGCAGUGCCAUGGCAGUAGCAGCGCCGUGCAGCAGUGCAGUGCUGCAGUGACAGCUGAGGCCGGCUGAGCACAGGGUGCACCGCACCCACCGCACCGCGCAAGUCCAUACGCGCGCCCCGCGCGGCCACACCGAGUGCGCCUCCGCGCCGUCAGACCGGCGGCCGCAGUGGACGCGAAGCACGCGAAGCACGCGAAGUGAAGUGAAGCACAGACAGUGAAGUGACGCCGUGCGCCGGCUGCGCUGGUCCCCGCCGCUGCAGUGGGGUCCUAAUCUUAUCUCGCCCAGCCCCGGCCCACCCCGGCCCCGAGCGUGGCCCCCAGCGGGGCAGGUCAGGGGCAGUGAAGGGUGACGACCACCCCGGCCAACGUGCUCGUCGCGCUCCAGGAUGAGAGCCUCCAGAGGGUCGGCGCUGCCGCGACUGCUCGACGGGGAGGUGCAACAGCUGGUGUCCGCCCCCGCACCUGAGUGGGUUCAGCCGCUGUGACAGCGACCCCCCUCCGCCUCCCCCCUCCGUCGCGACGGUCCCGGAGGAGGAGAUUCUGUGUUGUGUGUUGAUCUUGUGGCGAGCUGCUGUCGCACCCCGAGGGAGUCCCCCGCUGCGACUGAUUUAUGUAAAACGGCUGUGCUCCGCUCGCCCCGCGCCGCAGGGUACCGCAGGGACUGUCUCCCGAUCCGAAGUGUCGCCCCCCAAACGUGUGACUCCCAAGUGCGUCAACGGUGGCAGUGCGUCGCAGUGCGUCGCAGUGACUCGCAAAUCAGCAACAGCGACUCGGCGCCGCUCCGCGCCAUGUGGUGGGUCCGCGGCUACUGGGCGUGCGCCUGGGCGCUGCUGCUCGGGGUGCUCGACGCGGUGCACGUCGCGGGGGCGGCGGCGGCGGCGGCCACCGGGCCGGCGCAGCAGGGCUCGUCGCUGCCCAUCCCGCUGCAGACGAGGACCAUGUUCACCGACUGGGGCCUCGGGACGGGCGGCGGCGGCGGCGCCGGCGGCCGCGCGCCCGUGUGCGUCGACAUCCCGUCCAACCUGAGCCUCUGCUACGGCGUGGGCUACAAGCAGAUGCGCCUGCCCAACCUCCUGGAGCACGACACGAUGGUCGAGGUCGGGCAGCAGGCGGCCUCCUGGGUGCCGCUCGUCAACAUCAAGUGCCACGGGGACGCGCAGCUCUUCCUCUGCUCCCUCUUCAGCCCCGUCUGCCUGGAGCGCUCCAUGUCGCCCAUCUACCCGUGCCGGUCGCUGUGCGAGGCGGUGCGCCGCGGCUGCGAGGGCCGCAUGCGCGUCUACGGCUACCCUUGGCCCGACAUGUUCCGCUGCGACAAGUUCCCCCUGGACAACGACAUGUGCAUCGCCUCGCAGACGGACCAGGGCCGCGGCCCGGCGCCCCCGCAGCCCGCGGGCGAGCAGGUCCGCCAGCUCGACAGCGAGCCCGUCGUGGUGGUCGUGGAAGACGCAAAUGACGAGUGCCGUCCCUGCAACCAAGUGGAGACGUACGAGAAUGUUCUGGACCAUCUCUGCCGGUCCGACUUCGCCGCUCGCGCCCGCCGGCCCCGCCGGCCCCAGCAGUCGGCGCGGGGGAAGGCCAGUGAGCCCCGGGACCUCAGGACGACCCGCGUGCUCAAGGCGUCCUCCCCGUCCGCCAGGAAGCUGGUGCGCGCCUCGCUGCCCGCGCUGCCCGCCGGCUGCCCGGACUGCGACCAGGGCGAGGCCGAGUCCUUCCUCGUCAUGGGCAACUUGGGCCCCGGAAACGCGCUGGACAUCACCUUCGUCCUACCCUGGACCACCAAGUCUAAGUCCAUCAAAAAGGCGGUGAGGACCUUCACCAACACAAACUGCACCAAUCCCAACCUGGUGUCGCGCACUGUCAUUGUGGACUCCUUCACGCCAGUCGACGGGUCCCCCAUCGAUCCUGUGGAAUCGCACGUCGUGCACCCCGUUGUCUUCAGCCCCGCUGCUCCGCCCCCGAGCACCAGCACAACGACAAGCACCACCACUACAACAACCACGACCACGCCCAGGCCAACGACGCCCACGACCACGACGGCGGCCACGACUCUGCGGCCCACCAGAAGACAGCACGGCUAUGGGAGCAGGCAGCGCAGCAGCAGCCACAGCCACCAACAGCGCAUGCCACACACGCUGGCGCCCUCAACGACCAGCAUGGGCGCCAGCAGCACCUUAUUCUCCGUGCCUCCUGCAACCGUGGCGAGGCGCACGACAACGCCAGCUCCGAGUACAAGUACGACGACACCAACAACCCCACGUCCUACUACAACCACCCCUACCCCUACGACGACUACUACCUCACGACCUACUACAACCACCCCUACCACCACGACAACUUUUACCCCACCUCCUACUACAACCACCACCACCACGACAACCACCCCACGUCCUACAACAACUACCUCAACCACCACGACAACAACCACCCCACGUCCUACUACGACCACCACCACCACGACAACUACCCCACGUCCUACUACGACCACCACUACAACUACCCUACGUCCCACUACGACCACCACCUCGACAACUACCCCACGUCCCACUACGACCACCACCACGACAACUACUCCCCGUCCUACUACAACCAUCCCACCCCCACUGCCUACGACAUCAACUACUCCACGUCCUACUACAACCACCACAACCACCACGAAAACAAGCACCCAACGUCCAACUACAACCACGACCACAACAACAACUACCCCACGUCCUACUCCAACCACCCCCGACCCCACCACCCCACGUCCUAGCACAACAACCACAUAUACACCGCCUCCUCCCACGACAACAACAACGACGACGACUACGGCAACUUGGCUUCGGACCAUUCAAACUACGUCUUUUUCACCCAGCACCACUAUGAGCAGCACGCGACAUCUCUGGGUUGCUCGCACACCAGUGUUGAGGACCACUACGUCACCGUCUUGGAGGUUCCGGACACCUCGGCCCAAGUCCACGCCGGCGCCGGCCACCCCUGACCCGUGGGGGGACUCGGAGGACUCUGAGGAGACGGGCACGCCUUUCGGCAAUCCGUUCGGUGGCUCCCGCCGGGGCUCAGCGGAAGGUGCUGGAGGCGGCCGCAGAGGCUCUGCAGAGGGCGGCGCCCGGAGAGGCCCUGCUGACGGUUCUAGGAGGGGCUCCUCAGGCAGAGUCCCCUUCGGGGGCAGUGAAGACUCUGACAGGGGGUCAUUCGGCGACCCCAUAGAAGGACGGCCCUUUGGGCGACCCGCCGGCGGGCAAGGCGGCCAGGGAGGCUCGGGAGGCGGCGGCGGCCGGAGGCAGCAGGGUGGAGCGCGGGGCAGGCACAAGCAAAGGCGGCCGAACAAGGGGCGCCGGAGGAAAAACCAGCAGCGGGGCAGGGCCGAGGGCCGAGCCGAGGGCAGGGCCGACGGUAGGGCCAGGGACGAGGAAGAGGGGGAGGGGGAGAUACCCCUGCCUCGCAGUAUGUCUGGUUUCUGAGAAAAAUGUACUAAUCGAACCUUGUCAUGCACUUUAGCGUUAGCCUACCGUGAUUUCCAAAGAGAGUGUACUCCGUGACGGGAGCUCGGAAAUGUUGAUGGUGGAGGUGGAGCAGAGCCCAGCCAGUGGUAUGAAUUGUACUAAUCAUACAGCACACAGGAAAUGGGGCAAGACUGAGAACUAUUAUGCUUGUGUGUACGCGGGCGCAGCUGUCCCCGCGCGGUGUUUUAUGUGGUAUGUGUGUAAGUGUGUGAGUUUUAUUUGUGUGAAAGGUGUUUUCUUGAUUAGACUAGUUUACUAUAAAAAUGAAUGAAUGUAUAUCUAUCUAAGGGUACUUAUCUUCACAGUGCCAAUAGUCUUUCCCUGUACAGACACUAAUUGUACCGUACGUAAAUUGUGUAAGAAAACGCAUUAUUAUUAUUAUUAUUAUUAUUAUUAUUAUUAUUAUUAUUAUUAUUAUUAUUAUUAUUAUUUCUUCAUCAGUCGUACUAUUAGGUAAGAAGUACUUUUCAAGUACAAAUACGUUAUCGUGAUACUCUCCCUAACCAUACUUGUAAAUACCAUGAUUUCAUUCGUGACCCAAAAGAUAAGUUUUCUAACAAUUAUACAUCAUUGUGACCUCCUUAUGACCUACGAGGUCACGAGUUUUGCAAAUGUGAGGUCACUGGUGAUGUGAUUUAAAUACGUCACGGCGAUGCCAUCGGGAUCCCCUUGACUAUUUCGUUACGAAAACGUUUUCCUAGGGGAGUCAUUCGUUUAUGUGAUCCCGUUAUUCCAAAUACGGUCUAUAGUCCUACCUACAAAUUUCCCUGCUCGUCGUCAUGUUUGCAAUGUUGCAAAAUCUACAAUGUGAUAGUUAAAUUAUGUUUGUAUCGAUUUUUAAUAAAAGUAUCCUUUAUUAGAA